ACCCCAUCUCCUCCUCUUCCAACCAUCUUCACCUCUUCCAUUUCCACUUCUUCCAACCAUCUUCACUUCCAUCUCCACCUCUUCCCACCUCAUCUCCAUCUCUACCAUCUCCAACCCUUGCAUCUCCCUCUUCCCACCUCAUCUCCAACCCCAUCUCCUCCUCUUCUUACCUCAUCUCCAACCCUUCCAUCUCCAACCCUUCCAUCUCCAACCCUUCCAUCUCCAACCCUUCCAUCUCCAACCCUUCCAUCUCCAACCCUUCCAUCUCCAACCCUUCCAUCUCCAACCCUUCCAUCUCCAACCCUUCCAUCUCCCCUCUUCCCACCAUCUCCCCCUCUUCCCACCAUCUCC